CACGAACGCCUCAAGCCAAUUUUUCGUUUCGACCAAGAAACUGUACGCGUCAAGAAGUGUAUCGUACACCCGCGUCUGCCUUCAAUAUGGGCAAGAGAAAGGCGAAUGGCGAUGACAACCAGCCAACAAAAGACAAGAUGGAGAUUGACGGGGAAGAUAGCGGGACCGACGACGACGAUACCAACAUGCUCGACGUCGACUUCGAAUUCAUGGACCCCAACCCUGCAGUCGACUUCCACGGCAUCAAGAACCUCCUCCGCCAACUCUUCGACUCAGACAACCAACUCUUCGACCUCUCCGAAUUAGCCGAUCUCAUCCUCUCCCAACCUGGCAUGGGCUCCACCGUCAAAUGUGAUGGCGAAGAAAGCGAUCCCUAUGCUCUUCUCACAGCGCUCAACCUCAACCACCACCGAACCAAGCCCAUCAUCCUCAACUUGACAAGAUACAUUCUCUCCCGAGCCAAAGCUUCAGGGAACUCGGGCCUGUGCCAACUCGAAAAAUUGCUCGCGGCAGAUUCCAAAGCACAAGUCGCUUUGGUAUUGAAUGAGCGAUUCAUCAACAUCCCCCCACAAAUCAUCCCACCCAUGUACAACCUCCUCGUGGAAGAAGUCGAUCUCGCAGUGAAAGACCAGGAACCCUUUGAUUUCACGCAUUAUCUCAUUUUCAGCAAAACCUACGCCGAAGUAGAUUCCAAACUCGAUGCCGAAGACUCGGAACGGCCGAGCAAGAAGGGGAAAAAGAGCGCUACGACCUCACAAAGAGGAGGCAAAAAGAAUGAUGAUGAUGCCUCCGAGACAUUUUACUUUCAUCCCGAAGAUGAAAUUUGGCAGAAACAUGCGGUCGGGUUUUCGAAUUUCGAUUAUGAAAAGGAAGCGGAUGAGGGAGCGAGUGAUGCCAAACGAGCUUUUGCCGAGGCGGGAAUUCAGCCGCAAGGGCAUAUGGUGUUGAUUGAGGGGAAGAAGAAAUUUCACGAGGCUGUGAAGGCUGUGGGGGAGUUUCUGCAGGGUUGAUGAGAUGUUGUGGGUGGUUGAAGCGAAAGGGAAGGGAAAGGGAAGAAAUGAAAAGAGGUUAUAAGUAGCGAAUGAAACUUGCCUCUGGUAUUCGAGAACGAACAAACGAA